GUUCCGGGGCGCCUGGAGCCCAGCGGGCAUUGACGUCAAGCGGCGGCGAAGCGCUGCCUACAGACGGUUGACCCGGACCCUCCUCCACACCCCCUUCCUUCAUCGCCCCCUCCUUCUUCCCUGCGCCCAGGCUCAGGCUCGCUAUAAAAGGCGGGAGCGCGGGUUGCCCCCGUAGCGCCGGAUUUCAGCACCAUGGAGAGCCCCCGCCUGCGGCUGCUGCCCCUCCUGGGUGCCGCCCUGCUGUUGCUGCUACCUCUGCUGGGCACCCUAGCUCAGGAGGGCGCCGAGCUCCAGCCGCGAGCCCUGGACAUCUACUCCGCCGUGGAGGAUGCCUCCCAUGAGAAGGAGCUGAUCGAAGCACUGCAGGAAGUUCUGAAGAAGCUCAAGAGUAAACGUAUUCCGAUUUAUGAGAAGAAGUAUGGCCAAGUCCCCAUGUGUGACGCGGGAGAGCAGUGCGCCGUGCGAAAAGGAGCUAGGAUCGGGAAGCUGUGCGACUGUCCCCGAGGAACCUCCUGCAAUUCCUUCCUCCUGAAGUGCUUAUGAGGCGUCCACCCUUCUCCAUAAGUCCCCCUGCCCCCACUUUCCCCAGAGGACCACACCUUCAUCCCCGGAGUUUGGCUUUAGCAGCAAAGUUUGCAUCUCCCUCUGAGGAAAAGGGGGCUCUUUUCCUGCUGUUUCCAAAUAAAAGAACACAUUAGGUGUUACUGUGUGAAGGGUAAUGCCUUGUAUGGUGUUGAUACGUGUGCAAAGUAUUCUAUUCUUAUUUUAUCUGUCUGACAAGCUUUUCAAAGCUUUUUCAAAUAAAAAGCUUUUACUUUUUAUUUAAAUAAAGAAGGAGAACUUCACUUUGAAAAUUGUAUUUUUGUAGGUGGCAUGACAGGAUGAAAAUUAGAUCAGGUAAAUCUGGUAGAUGACAUCACAACCUGGAAAAUAAAUCACCCCAAGCAUCACAAAUUGAAGCAUGUACAAAUUAUACAUAAUAAAGUGUUUUUCAUAAUUGCUCAUA